AUGUGGAAAGAUUAUUCAGCAAUACCCAUCUCCACCACCCCUUCCCAGCGUGUUUCUAGCGCUGCAGGAUUGUUAGUCACUAAGCAUACAGCUAAGCUUCCUUGUGAUACAAUUCGAUAUGUGCUUUGCUUACGCGCUUGGGGUGUGCUUCCUGAGGAGGAAGCUGAGGAAGAUAUCAAGUUUGUUGAUAUUGAUCCGAGCGAUGAUGAUAAUAACAGUGACGUCGAGAUUGAAAGAGUUGUUUUAAUCCCAGGCCCAACUCUCCAGGAGCGCCGCAUUGAAGAGGCUAGAAUUAAGGAACAAAGAGACAACAGGAGCUAUUCAUCAGAUUCAGGGAAAUAUGGUAAUGGAAGACUGGAAUGCAGCAAAUGA